AUGGACACCAAGAGUGUCGCUGAGAACUGGCUGACGAGGUUUGCUCUGGCUGCCUUCCGGGGCAACGUAGACGCUGCCGUCCAGACUUUCUUUCCGCAUGGCUGGCUUCGUGACGCUCUAGUGUUUACUUGGAACACCCGUUCCCUCGAGGGUCGCGACAAGAUCUCCGCAUACUUGCACGACACGCUACCCGCCGCACAUCUGUACAACUUCAAGGUCGACGAACGGAAAGGCUUCAGCCCCGAGCCUGUACUUGAAGGCACAGGUAUCGGCAUGGGUUUCACGUUCGAGAUGCCGGAUCGUCGAGGCCGUGGGUAUGCCUUCCUACAGGAGGACAUGGCUACGGCCGACUGGAAGGCUCUAUCGCUUUUUACGAUGCUGGAUGCAAUCAAAGGUCACGAGGAAGUAGGCCCAGAGCCUGGCGUGUAUGGCGGGCACACGUUGUCGUGGGAAGAAGUGGACAUAGCGCGCAGGAAGCGGAUUGAGGAAGAUCCGUAUGUCGUGAUCAUGGGUGGAGGGCAGACUGGGCUGCAGGUGGCAGCGCGUUUCAGACAAAUGAACAUUCCAACGAUCGUGAUCGAGAAGAACAAGGCGAUCGGCGAUCAAUGGAGGCAGCGCUAUCCUACGUUGUCUCUGCAUACAACGCGCAACCACCACACGUUGUUGUACCAACCCUAUCCGCAGAACUGGCCGGAAUACACGCCCCGGGAUAAGCUGGCCAACUGGCUAGAGUACUAUGCCAAGUCUCAGGACCUCAUCGUCUGGACGAGCUCAUACAUCAUGCCAACCCCAAAAUACGACCAUGACACGAAACGGUGGAGUAUCAUAGUGAACAAAAACGGGAUGCACGUGCCACUGAAGCCCGCGCACCUCGUUGUUGCGAUUGGCAUGCUCGGCCCGCCCCGCAUCCCUGAGAUCGAGGGGCGCGAGCGGUACAAGGGUGCCGUCUUGCAUGCAAGUGUGUACAUGGGCGGACGUCCGUUUGUCGGGAUGGAUACCCUCGUCAUCGGCGCUGCGAACACGUCCGCAGACGUCUGCCAGGACCUCGCAUUCCGCGGCGCGCGGUCCGUCACGAUGGUCCAGCGCUCGUCGACGUGCGUCGUGUCGAUCAACAACGUGCAAGUGCAGAUGUACCGCAACUACCCGGAUGGCUCCCCGCUGGAGAUCUGCGAUAUCAAAUUCAGCGCGAUGCCGCUGAAUUUACAAAGGAAGUUCUCGAAGGCGCGGGAGAAGCAAUAUUGGGAGGCGGAAACGGCGCUUCACGCGAAGCUGAGGAAAGGAGGGCUGAGUCUGAAUAUGGGCAGGGACGGUUCGGGGCAGCAUUUCUUGGUAUACGAGCGUGCUGGAGGGAUUGAUGUUGGUGUCGCGGACAUGAUUGCUACGGGGCGCGUGAAGGUCAAGUCAGGUGUCGAGAUCGCACGUUUUACAGAGCACGGUGUCGUAUUCACCGAUGGUUCCGAGCUUGCUGCUGACCUCGUGGUAUUUGCAACCGGCUAUAUCGACCCACGAGUGAGCCUUCGCGAGCUCUUUGGCGCCGAUGUUAUCGACCAGACGGACCCCAUGUGGGGCAUGGAUGAAGAAGGCGAAGUACUGGGAUGCUAUAGGCCAUCAAGAUACCCAGGAGUAAAGCUUUGA